AUGGGAGCACCCGGGUCUGGGAACAUUCUGCAGGCCUUGGAGGAGUGGCGCGAGGGGGUCAGCAUCGCUCGCGAGGCAGCACGGGUGGGACCGGACGAGAUUUCUGCCGUGAAUGACAUGCAUCUCCAACUCGUUAAGCCUCUGCUGGAGGAGAAUGGCGGGCGCUCACUGAGUGACUUCUACGAGGACAUACGGGCGUGGGAGAUACGACAGGCGAUGGAGAAGGACAUGCUCCGAGCCCAGGUUCGUGACCGCGCCAACAUAGCGCGCUUCCGUCGCAUGGAACGGGAAGUCCCAGGCUACUUCUCGGACAUCGACGAGCACUUCCGACUGAAGAAGCGUAAGGUCACCAGCGGACAACACAGUACAAGAUGCCGCGAGUGCGCGUCGGCUGUGCAUAGCCGGAUCAAGGGAUGGGACGGAGAGUCGUUGGCCGGCGGGUUGAAAGCUAGAUUGUAG